AUGGCCGCUAUCCCAACUACCAUGAAGGCCCUCGUCGCCGUCCGCGACACCCCCAAUGCCACAGCCCCGUCCUCUGUCGAGGGCCGCGGUGCCACCAUCAAAGACGUGCCCGUCCCGGCCAUUACCGACGACGAGAUCCUCGUCAAGGUGACGGCCGUCGCCCUCAACCCCACCGACUUCAAGCACGUUGACCUCUUCUCGCCGGACGGCGUCGUCGUGGGCUGCGAUUACGCCGGCGUCGUCGCCAAGGUCGGCACCGGGCCCGUCGCCACCAACGCCUGGAAGGUGGGCGACCGCGUCGCCGGCUGGGUGCACGGCGGGCUGUUCCCGGACCGCGGCAGCUUCGCGCAGUACCUCAAGGUCGACGCCGACCUCGCCUGGAAGGUGCCUGACAGUGUGUCGGACCUCGCGGCAACCACGUACGGCGUCUCGGCCGUCACCGCCGUCCUCGGCCUCAACAAGCACCUCGGUGUGUCCUGGCCCGACGACACCACCAAUACCUCUACCUCCUCCUCCUCUGGCGAGCCCAUCCUCAUCUACGCCGCCUCCACCGGCGCGGGGCUCUACGCCACGCGCCUCGCCAAGCUCGCCGGCCGCACCGUCGUCGCCACGGCCUCGCCGCACAACUUUGACCUGGUGCGGCGCCACGGCGCCGACGCCGUCUUCGACUACAAGUCACCCACCGCCGCCGCCGACAUUCGCGCCGCCUACCCGACCCUGACCCAGGCCUUUGACGGCAUCUCGGAAAAUGGCACCACCGAGUUUUGCGCCAGCGUCCUGCAGCCCGGCGGCUCCAUCGUCAUACUGCUGCCGCCCACGGCCGAGGAGGUUGACGGCGCCAAGAUUGUGCCCAUUCUCGCCUACACGCUCUUUGGGCGCGAGUUCCACCUGCUCCCGCCCGAGGGGCCCAAGUUCCCCGCCAACCCCGAGGACCGCGCCGUGCUGGCGCGCUUCUACGCGCUGCUGCCCAAAAUAGUUGGCGAGCUCGAGCCCAUCCCCAUCAAGGAGCUCGCGGGCGGGCUCGAGAACCUGGGCGAGGGUCUGAGUCUGCUGCGCGAGGGCAAGGUGUCGGGCACCAAGCUCGGCUACAAGCUCGAGUGA